CUUGUGGUGUGCGCAGGCGCAGGUAUGGUAUCGCGCGCCAGAGGGGGCGCUUGGGACCGGAAGUUGGUGGGCCCGCGCCUGUGUGUGAGCCUCUCAGGUCACAGCAUGGCUCCUCCCAGGCCCAGGGAAGGUAGAGGUCACCGAGACCACCGCUGGGCACCCAGUGAGGAGGAGGCCCUGGAGAAGUGGGACUGGGAUUGUCCCGAGACACGGCGCCGCUUCGAGGACGCCUUCUUCCGUGAUGAGGAUUACAUCCGUCAGGGCUCCGAGGACUGCCACAAGUUCUGGGCCUUCUUUGAACGCCUGCAACGGUUCCAGACUCUCAAAACCUCCAAGAAGGAGGAGACAGACCCUGGACAUCCCAAACACUGUGUCCCGGCCCUGGCCGACCUGCCUCGCCCCUAUGACUCCCGCUACCGCAUCAACCUCUCUGUUCUUGGCCCCGACAUGCGGGACAUACGUGGGUCAGGCAGUCAGCUGCCCCCAAAACGAGUAUCUGAGUUCCGCCGGGCCCUGCUGCACUACUUGGACUUCAGCCAGAAGCAGGCAUUCACGAGGCUGGCCAAGCUGCAGCGGGAUAGGGCAGCCCUGCCCAUCGCCCAGUACAGGAAGUGCAUCCUGCAGACACUGAAGCAGCAUCAGGUGGUGGUGGUGGCUGGGGACACAGGCUGUGGCAAGUCCACCCAGGUGCCCCAGUACUUGCUGGCCGCAGGCUUCAGCCAUGUGGCCUGCACGCAGCCCCGGCGAAUCGCCUGCAUCUCACUGGCCAAGCGUGUUGGAUUCGAGAGCCUCAGUCAAUAUGGAUCCCAGGUUGGCUACCAGAUUCGCUUCGAAAGCACACGCUCAGCAGCCACCAAGAUCGUGUUCCUGACCGUGGGGCUGCUCCUGCGGCAGAUCCAGCGGGAGCCCAGCCUGCCGCAGUACAAGGUCCUGAUCGUGGAUGAGGUCCACGAGCGACAGCUGCACAAUGACUUCCUCCUAGGAGUCCUACAGCACCUGCUGCCCACUCGGCCCGACCUCAAGGUUAUUCUCAUGUCAGCCACCAUCAACAUCAUGCUCUUCUCCAGUUACUUCGGCAAUGCACCCGUGGUGCAGGUGCCUGGGCGGCUCUUCCCCAUCACGGUCAUUUACCAGCCACAGGAGGCCGAGCAGACAGCCUCCAAGUCCGAGAGGCUGGACCCACGGCCCUUCCUAAGGGUGCUAGAGGCCAUCGACAAUAAAUACCCGGCCGAGGAGCGCGGGGACCUCCUGGUCUUCCUCAGCGGCAUGGCAGAGAUCGGGGCCGUGCUGGAGGCGGCCCAGACCUACGCCAGCCACACGCAGCGCUGGGUGGUGCUGCCGCUGCACAGCGCGCUCUCCGUGGCUGACCAGGACAAGGUGUUCGAUGUCGCACCCCCUGGAGUCCGGAAAUGUAUCCUCUCUACCAACAUCGCAGAGACCUCGGUCACCAUCGAUGGGAUCCGCUUUGUCGUGGAUUCUGGGAAGGUGAAGGAGAUGAGCUAUGACCCACAGGCCAAGCUGCAACGGCUGCAGGAGUUCUGGAUCAGCCAAGCCAGCGCCGAGCAGCGCAAGGGUCGGGCAGGCCGAACAGGCCCUGGCGUCUGCUAUCGCCUCUAUGCUGAGUCUGACUACGAUGCCUUCGCCCCCUAUCCAGUUCCCGAGAUCCGGAGGGUGGCCCUGGAUGCAUUGGUGCUGCAGAUGAAGAGCAUGAGUGUGGGGGACCCACGUACCUUCCCCUUCAUCGAGCCACCACCCCCAGCCAGCCUAGAGACUGCCAUCCAGUACCUCCAGGAACAGGGUGCGCUGGAUGCCUCCGAGGCCCUCACACCCAUCGGCUGCCUGCUGGCCCAGCUGCCCGUGGACGUGGUAAUUGGAAAGAUGCUGAUCCUGGGCUCCAUGUUCAGCCUGGCGGAACCCGUGCUCACCAUUGCUGCUGCCCUCAGUGUGCAGUCGCCCUUCCCACGCAGCGCCCAGAGCAGCCUGGAGUGUGCUGCGGCACGUCAGCCCCUGGACAGUGACCAGGGCGACCCCUUCACGCUCUUCAAUGUCUUCAAUGCCUGGGUACAGGUGAAGGCUGAGCGCAGCCAGAACUCACGCAAGUGGUGCCGCCGCCGGGGCGUGGAGGAGCACCGGCUCUACGAGAUGGCCAACCUGCGGCGCCAGUUCAAGGACCUGCUGGAGGACCACGGGCUGCUGGCAGGGGCUGAGGCAGCCACACCAGGGGACAGCUACAGCCGGCUGCAGCAGCGCCGCGAGCGCCGGGCCCUGCACCAGCUCAAACGGCAGCAUGAGGAGGGUGCAGGCCGCAGGCGCAAGGUGCUGAGGCUGCAGGAAGAGGCUGAGGACAGCUCCAGCGAUGAGGACCACGCUGGCCCCGCUGCCCGGCAUGCUGAGGACAGUGUGGACAUCCAGGACGUGAAGUUCAAGCUCCGGCACAACCUGGAGCAACUGCAGGCAGCCGCCAGCUCAGCCCAGGCGCUGAGCCGGGAGCAGCUGGUCCUGCUCAAGCUGGUGCUGGCCCGUGGCCUCUACCCACAGCUGGCGGUGCCUGAUCCAUUCAACAGUGGCCGCAGGGACUCGGACCAGAUCUUCCACACCCAGGCCAAGCAGGGUGCUGUGCUGCAUCCCACCAGCGUCUUUGCCAGCAGCCCUGAGUUGCUGCAUGUACAGGAGCCACAAGCCACGUGUGGUGGAGGGAGCCGAGAUGACAAGGAUAAGAUGAGCAGCAAGCACCAGCUCCUCACCUUCGUCUCCCUGCUGGAGACCAACAAGCUGUACCUGGUGAACUGCGUGCGCGUCCCAGCCCUCCAGUCCCUCCUGCUCUUCAGCCGCUCCCUGGACACCAAUGGUGACUGCUCCCGCCUGGUGGCCGACAGCUGGCUGGAGCUGCAGGUGGUGGACAGCGAGGGCGCUGUCCAGCUCCUGGCUGCUGCCCUGCGGCUCCGUGCCUGCUGGGAGAGUGCCCUGGACCGGCAGCUGUCACACCAGGCCCGGCGGCGGCGGCGGGAGCAGCAGCAGCGGCGGCAGCGGCUUGGGGAAGAGGAUGAAGACGAGGAAGAGGCCGAGUCCGUCAGCCGUGCGGAGGUGGCUGCCCUGAGCAGGGAGCUGCUGCAGUUCAUGGCCACCAAGGUGCCCUACAGCCUUCGGCGCCUCACAGGGCUGGAAGCCCAGAAUCUCUACGUGGGACCCCAGACCGUUACGGCCACCCCCAAGCUCCCUGGCCUUUUUGGCAGCUCUGCCCUGUCUCCACACCCUACCAAGGGUGGCUACCGUGUCACCAACUUCCUCACCUACAACUGCCUCUUGAGUGACACAGACCUGUACAGCGACUGUCUGCGCACCUUCUGGACUUGCCCACGCUGCGACCUGCACCUGCCACUCACACCGCUGGAGCGCAUGGCCCACGAGAGUGCCUGUGCCACGGACCUACAUGGUGGCCCAGGCGCAGAGGAAGCUACCACAGAGCAGUCCCGGAAGCCGUCUGCCCUGCAGAGGCCCUACCACUGUGACAGCUGCCAGAAGGACUUCCUGUUCACACCCACUGAGGCGCUGCGCCACCGCAGACAGCACAUGUGAGCUGUUGCCACGCGCCCUCUCCUCACCUGUCCCUGCCUGUCCCCAGCAAGCAGUGCUGGUCUGACUUCAGGGAGGGUGUGGCCUGGGGAAUAAAGUUGGCACUGAUGCCA